AUGAGGACAAAGUUUUUAGGAGAACCUGUUGCAAUAGAACAAGAGCACCUAGAUGAAGAGCAGAUGGAUUGUAAGGCUCCUGCCAGAGAGAUGGGUGACAAGGAACUGGCAUUGAAAACUAUGCAGUUAGGAAAGUUGCAUAACGAUACCUGGAUGCCUUACCCUGAGAACAAUGACAGAACUAUGUUCUGGAUGCAGUUGACUAUCUUCGAGGGUUUCUUAUAUUUUAAAAAGCAUAAAGUCCUAUUCGAUAUAUUCAAUGAAUUGCCAACUAAAGCUAUCAUGGCUCAACUUCCUCAGGAGGAGAAGGCUAAGAUUGCCGAGCAGGUAGAGAUAUUCCACCAAGAAAAGAGCAAACUGGAUGCAGAGGUGGCCAAGUGGGAUGACAGUGGUAAUGACAUCAUUGUGUUGGCAAAGCAGAUGUGCAUGAUUAUGAUGGAAAUGACAGACUUUACUAGAGGUAAAGGCCCCCUGAAGAACACAUCAGAUGUCAUUAAUGCAGCCAAGAAGAUUGCAGAGGCAGGAUCAAGGAUGGACAAAUUGGCACGGGCAGUAGCUGAUCAGUGCCCGGACUCAGCCUGCAAGCAGGACCUGCUAGCCUACCUGCAGCGCAUUGCGCUCUACUGCCACCAACUCAAUAUCUGCAGCAAAGUGAAGGCAGAAGUUCAGAACCUGGGAGGAGAACUUAUUGUAUCAGGGCUGGACAGUGCCACUUCUCUCAUCCAGGCAGCUAAAAAUCUGAUGAACGCUGUGGUCCUUACAGUGAAAGCAUCAUAUGUGGCUUCUACUAAGUAUCAGAAGGUCUAUGGUACCGCUGCAGUGAACUCACCAGUUGUAUCUUGGAAGAUGAAGGCCCCUGAGAAGAAACCUCUAGUAAAGAGAGAAAAACCAGAAGAGUAUCAGACGAGAGUGAGGAGAGGGUCCCAGAAGAAACAUAUUUCCCCUGUACAGGCCUUAAGUGAAUUUAAAGCUAUGGAUUCAUUCUAAACCACUAAGCUUUACCAGGAGGGUUUUAUAUUCUUUUUGUAUGCGUACCUGCCGACUUGUAUGCGUCUGGCAUGGGGUGGGGGAAAGCAGUGUCAGUUUGCAUGUGACCUGAGACUCUACUGAAAUAACUGACCUUCUGCAAGGGCAAAAUUUAGGGCAUUCCCUUCUGAUGUUAAAUGGACGUAUUCCGAGCUUCCUUUUUAAACAAAACUAUAGCAUUAAAUUGGCCAAAGAAUUUGCAUCACAGGGGUACAUGCGGACAAAAUAAUAAAUUCAGGUCUAAACCCAGAAAUUUUUAUGCAUGCAAGAAACAUUAAGUUGGCAGGUAUAUUAAGUAGGGGGGGAAAAAAAAAAAGGAAUUGUAAUGGUAGACCAUAAAGCUUGUAUUGCUUCUGUUCCAGUGCAAAAAUGUACUAGCCAAUAUGCUUAAAUGUGUGGCCCAAUAAUUAAAUGAUAUAACUUUUAAGUCAUCUUCAUUAUAGUAUGUGGAUUUUUAAAACAAACUAAUUCAUCUUAAAAAUGCUUCUUUUAAACCAUAUUUUGUUCUUUAUAUUCUAGUAGUGUUAUGAUUGCUCACAUUUCAAUUAAUCCCAUUAAUAUGACCAGAGAUUUACUUUUGCCAAUUGAAUUUCUUAUGGUGGAGUAUGAAGCACAAUAUGGUGAUUGACAUUGCCUUUUAUAUUAUGAUUAUUAUUAUGACUAUUAUUAUAAUAUUAGUAAUAGAAGACCUGGUGGUGAAAUGUUUAGAGACACGGAAACUGACAGUGUGAGAAUUUAGAGGCAAAUAUGUAGGUCUAGCUUGGAUUACAGGUAUCUGACAUACCAUUGUAACCACUAACUCAAUAAACUCAUUUAACCUUGGAA